AAUUACAAGGGAAUUCCGUGAUGCGUGAGCACAGCAACAGCGUAAAGAGACAAUGAGCUGGGAGGCGCGUGCCACGAUGCUGCGCCAUUGUCAUCAAGCGGGCGUUUGAUGGAGAGAGGCGUGGAGGAGUUUGCACGGAGACGAAUUAAAGAUUCUUCUUUCGUACCGACUCGACCGUGCAUCUCCUCUGCCAAGAUGAGCGACCUCCAUGCAGCCACCCUGAAGCUCCUGUCCAUCUUCCAUGAGCUCGCCCACGACAACGCUGUCAAAGAUUGUCUGAAGAAGGAAAAGUUCAGGCGCUUCCUGAAGGGGGAUAAGGGCAAGAGUCUGAUCCAGAAUCCCGUGGAUGGGUUCGUGGUGAGCCGCAUCCUGCGGGACCUUGGCGAUGACAAAGAUGGGCAAGUCGACUUCCUCGAGUUCGUGAUCACCAUCGCGGCCUUGAAAUUCUGCUGCCACCCCAACUUCCGAGCGCACCACGAGCGGAAUGGCAGGACCCACGCGCUGACCGCAUUCAAGAGCGACGCGACUGUUUGA